AUGGCACCUGCACCUGCACCAAUCUCUAACGCGCCACAGGCUGCUCAGACCGACAAACAUGAGCCUUCUAUCAACACAGAUGUCCUCAGGGAUAUCGGAACUCGGAGCUUGAUCGAUACGCUUAACUCGGUCAAUGGUGCAAAGACUCUCGUCCUGGACCCUUCUCUGGCCGGGCCACUUGGACUGGUCAUUGAAGUAUCGACUCUCAAGAAUCAUGGAGUGGAUAAGAUGUUCUGGCUCGAGGCAGGUCCGCUUGCAGCCAGUACCACAAACAUUGUGUACCUCUGCCGUCCAUCUAUCAAACAUGUCAAGAUCAUUGCAGACCAGAUCAAGCGGCAUGCACGCGAGAGCCAAAAGCACUUAUAUAACCUCUUUCUUGUGCCACGGAAGUCGACUGUUGUGACCCGCAUCCUAGAAGAAGAGGGUGUCUUGGGAGACAUAAACAUUUCCACAUACAACCUCCAGUUCAUUCCCAUUGCUGAUGACGUCGUGUCUCUGGAGAACGAAAACGCAUUCAAGGAGUUAUGGGUCGAUGGCGAUGAAACUGCUGUGUAUAGCUCUGCUUUGGCAUUGGUUACGCUCCAGAAACUUUACGGGCCAUUCCCUCGCAUACGGCUAGCUACUCUGUUAACCCGAUCAUUGCCUGAACAAGGGACUUUGGAACCAGAUCCAUCUGCUGCUACUGCACCAAUCGACUCGCUCAUCAUCCUGGACAGACACGUUGACAUGAUCACUCCCCUCCUUACUCAACUCACCUACGAGGGUCUUGUUGACGAAGUUAUUGGCAUCCAGAACUCACAUAUUGAAAUACCUUUGAGUUUACUAACCGUACCUAAUGCUCCGAAUCCAUCCAACCCGAGUGCGGCGCUACCCUCUACAUCUGCAUCCAAUGUGACCCCAGUCAGCAACGAGAAAACCAAGAAGCAUCAUCUUACACCCGCAACUGACCCUCUCUUUGCCGAGCUGCGGGACUUGAACUUUUCCUCCGUCGGCAAACGAUUGAACAAAGUGGCACAUCGAUUAGACGAGGAUUACAAAGCCCGGCUCCAAGCGAAAACGGUCGCACAACUGCGUGAUUUCGUCGGCAAACUAGGGGGGCUUCAGACAGAGCAUCAGGCCCUGAGGCUUCAUACUGGUCUCUCGGAAAUGCUCGUCUCUCACACGCGAACCGAGCUGUUCAACAAGUCCCUUGAGAUCCAACAGAAUCUUUUGGCCUCUUACGAGACAACGAAGCAGAUCAACGCUAUUGAAGAAUUGAUAGCGCAAGGCGCCGACAUGCAAACCAUUAUUCGCUUGCUUUGCCUAGCCAGUCUCACGACAGGAGGAAUCAAAACCAAAGCACUGGAAAGCAUCAAGCGCGAGAUUCUGCAGGCCUUCGGUUAUAAUUACUUGCCCUUGCUUCUUUCGUUGUCUGCCCAUCCACUAUCUGCGGUCCUCCCAGUCCCUCUUCCGCCCUCUUCAGAUCCUCCAAGCAAACUACCUUUCGCCGCAGUCCGCAAAUCACUGAGGCUCCUUAUUGACGACAGCCCUGAAGCCAUAGAAGAAGUGGAGAAUGACAUAAGCUAUGUGUACUCUGGAUAUGCACCCAUCAGUGUGCGCCUCGUGCAGUGCGUAGCACAGAAAGGCGGCGUCAUCAGUAAUCCAGCAGAGAAAGCUCCUCCGGCGGAUGGUGACACUAACGGGAAAGCGAAUGCCGAGAAACAUCUUCGCGCGCAUCCGAUUCUAGGUUGGAAAGGGUUUGAGGACACACUUGCGCAGAUUCCCGGCGAGACCGUGGACAUCACACCCAAGGCUGGGAAUGUCAAUAGCAGCCCAUCCGUUACGUCUCUACGUAACGAUCAAACGACCACGACGGUGGUUUUCUUCCUGGGCGGGUGUACUUAUACCGAAAUUGCCGCUCUCCGAUGGGUUAGCCGGCAGAAUCGAGGCCGCAAGUUUCUCAUAGCAACUACGAGCAUCAUCAGUGGCAAGAGUUUGAUCGACAGCAUCGCAGGCGCUGACUCCCGGACAAAAGAGACUAGUAGAUAG